CCACCGGUCCUCCUCGAGACGAGGCCGCAUGCGGGGAUCGAACCAUCCGAUGAAACCCUGUCUGGAGAUGAUGAUAUCCGUGGGAUGGGGAAAUCAACACGGAGGAGAUAUAGAACACACUAUAAUCCCAAAGUGUAAGGAUAGAGAGAAGGCAUCUCGCACAAAACAAUGGCUUGGCGCAAAAACAACACAACCGUCCAGAUUCUGGAAGCAGCGGAAAGAGGGCAGUACGGGGUCUUGGCGGCAAUAGUAUACAAUGUCGAGCAUAUCACCGCUUUUGUCAGGGCGGCGGAGAAUCGAAGGUCACCUCUGAUCAUACAGCUCUUCCCGUCGUCGCUCGACCAGACACCGUCCCUCGUCUAUGCGGCAUCCGCAGCAGCAAAGAACGCGUCGGUCCCGAUAUCAAUCCAUCUCGACCAUGCGCAGAAUUUCGAUCAGAUCAAGCAUGUCGCCUCCAAGCUGCCAUUCGACUCGAUUAUGAUUGACAUGAGUCAUUAUGAAAGGGAGGAGAAUCUAGGGAAAACGGAGACACUGCGAGAGUUCUGUCACGCGCGUGGGAUCGCGGUAGAAGCCGAAACCGGGCGCAUCGAAGGCGGGGAAGACGGUAUCAUGGGCACGGAGGAUCUGGAGGGGAUUCUCACGAAUGCAGAGGAUGUGGAACAGUUUAUCAGUGCUGGGGUUGAUUGUCUCGCCCCGAGUGUGGGCAAUUUGCACGGUGACUAUGGACCGCAAGGACCACAACUCGAUAUGGAUCGGCUGCGUCAAAUUUAUCAAGCGCUGGCUGGACGCGCCCGGCUGGUGCUGCACGGGACGAAUGACUUUCCACCAGAGCUGUGUCGCGCCUGUAUCGCAGCCGGUGUGACCAAAUUCAAUGUCAAUAAACUGGUUCUAGACCCGUGGCAUGAGUAUCUCCGAGCGAAUGUGCAUAAACCCCUGACCCAACUGAUGACUGAGGGGAUCGAUGUUCUCACCCAAGCGAUGGAGGGGUGGAUGGAUGUGAUGGGGAGCAGCGGCAAGGCUUGAGCGAGGAAUACAGACCUCGGCCUCAGGCAGCAUACGAACCCGGGAUCGCCCAGGUGAACAGUCAACAUUGACUGGAAAGAGUCUUAGCUGCAGUAUAUACAUGUUGACUGGUUCCUACGGAGUACAUAUGUACAAGUCGCAACAGUCACCACCCCCCUCCACUGACGCUCCUAUACCACGGGCCACCCACUGGAAAAGUCGAUAGUGUUCCAUCCAAACUGAGCCUCGUCAUCGGCAUACCCGAUCGUGG